GUCUUUCUCUCUCUCUCUAUUAUGUUGGCUAUAUAUACAUAAUACUUCAUGCUUUCAGAGCAACCUUAAGUCUUUUAAUUAUAUUGAAUUGAUCUCUCUGUCUCUGUCUCUUUCUAUUUCUCUAAAUUUAUCCCAAAGAUUUUCAUGGCCGUUCGUCUAGUGACCAUCGGGGUUUUCAUUGUCUUUGCCGUCAUCCUCGUGGCCUUGCCGUCACCUGUUUCUUCAAGAAAGCUCUUGGAGAUGAAAAAACAAGAAAAUUUGACGGUAAGAGAGGAAGAGAAGAGUCACGUACCUCACGUGACCAACACCACUACCCUAGCAGCUCUGCCAAAGGGCAAAAUCCCAAACUCGGCACCGAGCAAAAAGGGUCACGCCGUCAUCUCAGCCGUGAAGCUCCGAUCUCGACAUCUCUCCACCGUUCACCGGUUUCUUCAAUCCGUUCCAAGUCCGGGCGUUGGCCAUUAAUAGUCUUCGUUAGAUUAGAUUCCUAUUUCAUUUUAUAAAAGUUUAGUAAAUUAUUUUUCUAACUAUUAUGAUAGGAAAUUUCCACGAGGUAGACCAUUGUUUUGGGACUUUACUCACGUUACCAAAAGUUUUCCAUGAGUAAAUUAAUCUAAAGUUUAUU